UUUAGUUAUUCUUGGCCGCUUCACAGUGGUGGGGCUACUUUGGACUGUUUACUUAAAACGCACCUAAAACUGGAGCACAAGGGCCACAAAGCAACACGUUAUAUGAAAGACGUCUUAAUGUAUUUCACCUAUUUCGCCCAGCAGUGGAGAGCGUCCUCAUUCAUGCUCCAGACAAUUGAAGCAUGCUAGUAACGUUAGUAUGCAGCCCAACAUAGUCAGAAGAGAUGCCGGAGUCUGGCAUCAAACGAGAAGCCUGCUUUACAAGAAUCUACUCAUCAAAUGGAGGACUAAACAACAAAGCCUGCAGGAGUUGAUCCUGCCCCUGCUGCUGCUGGGCCUGCUGGUUCUGAUCAGCACCCUGAACCCACAUGUCUACUAUGGAGGUAUCAGGACCAUGGAGCUGGAGAGGGAGGACUACCCCCUCCUCCAGGGUCUGGGAUACACCCCCGUCAACAAUGCCACCAAUCACAUCAUGGAGGAGGUGGCCCAGGAAAUGAACAUGCAGGACCGUCUGGAGAUGUUCUCUAGUGAAGAGGAUCUGGAGAAUGCCAGUCUGUAUGAGCCGUCAGGCUACGUUGGGGUGGUCUUCAUGGGCAGCACGCCCACCUCUUACAAGCUGCGCUUCCCUUACAACCAGCUGGCCAUGCCCAGCGACUACACUCAGUCCAUCGCCAGCUGUUUUGCCAGCUCAGUGAACUGCAGAGCAGCUAACUACUGGUACUCUGGCUUCACCCGCCUCCAGACUCUCAUCGACGCUGCCAUCAUACAGAUGCAGACCAAGCAGUCGGUGUGGAGUGAGAUGGCACAGCUGCGUGUUGUGAUGAUGGGCCAGCCAGGGUCAGUGGAGAUCCAGAAGUUCCCCCACGCCCUCAUCUCCAUCUACCUGGUGCUGGCCUUCACACCCUUCGUCACCUUCCUCAUCGUCAACGUGGCUACAGAGAAGGAACACAGGCUCAAAGACACCAUGACCAUGAUGGGCCUCUACGACUCUGCCUUCUGGCUAUCGUGGGGCCUGCUGUAUGCAGCUCUGGUCACCACCAUGUCCAUCCUCAUGACCAUCAUCGCUACCUACACAGCCCUCUUCCCCAACAGUAACUUCAUCAUCAUCUUCCUCCUCAUCUUCCUCUACGGCAUCUCCUCUAUCUUCUUUUCCUUCAUGUUGACCCCUCUGUUUAAGAAGCCCAAGUUUGCCAGUACGGUGGGCUCCAUGCUGACUGUGGUGUUCGGCUGCCUGUCCCUGUUUACUGUCCUGAUGAAGGACUUUCCCCAGCCGCUGGUCUGGGUUCUCUGUCUGCUGUCCCCCAGCGCAUUCUCCAUCGGUAUCGCACAGGUGGUUUACCUGGAGGCCCAUGGCGACGGAGCAGUGUUCUCUACCCUGGCCAACGGCCCCCAUCCGCUCUACGCCCCCCUCCUAAUGCUGGUCCUGGACAGUAUACUCUACCUGCUGCUGGCUGUCUACUUGGACCAGGUCCUACCUGGUGAGUUUGGCAUGCGGCGGUCCCUGGUCUACUUCCUGAAGCCAUCCUAUUGGUCCAAGCGCAGUAAGCGCUACGUCGAGAUGCGCUCUGUGUACGAGACGGAGGUGAACGGGGCCCCAGGUCUGGAUGAGUCUGUGGAGCCGGUGUCUUUGGAGUUCAGAGGGAAAGAAGCCAUCUGCAUUAACAACAUCUGCAAGGUGUACAAAGACAAGGACAGCAUCGUGGAAGCUCUGAGGGGCUUGACCUUUGACAUCUACGAGGGUCAGAUCACAGCCCUCGUGGGCCACAGCGGAGCGGGAAAAUCCACUCUGAUGAACAUCCUGUGUGGGAUCUGCCCUCCGACCGACGGCCACGCCUCUAUCUACGGCUCCCCGGUGGCAGAGAUCGCCGAGGGGGCAGAGAUGAGGCAGCUGGUGGGCAUCUGCCCUCAGUUCAACAUCAUCUUUGACGUGCUGACUGUAGAAGAGCACCUGAGGAUAUUCGCUGCCAUUAAAGGGAUUCUCCCCGCUGACAUUGACAGUGAGGUGACCAAGGUGCUGAAGGAUCUAGAUCUGGAGAAGAUCAUGGAUGCCCAGGCUAAGAACCUGAGUGGAGGCCAGAAGAGGAAGCUGUCUGUGGGCAUAGCCGUCCUGGGAGACCCCAAGAUCCUGCUCCUGGAUGAGCCAACAGCUGGUAUGGACCCCUGUUCCAGACACCAGGUGUGGUCUCUGCUGAAGAGUCGCAGAGCAGGCAGAGUCACAGUGCUCAGCACGCACUACAUGGAUGAGGCAGACAUACUGGCCGACCGCAAAGCUGUGAUCUCUCAGGGCCAACUCAAGUGUGUUGGUUCGUCCCUGUAUCUCAAGACCAAGUGUGGAGUAGGAUACCACCUCAGAAUGUCUGUUGGUGAAGGGUGCAAGGCGGAUAGUGUCACCUCAAUGGUCAAGCACCACGUCCCCAAGGCACAGUUGUCACGGCAACAAGAGGCGGAGCUGACUUUCAUCCUCCCUUUCGAAAGCAUGGACACAUUUUCUGGAUUGUUCUCAGAACUAGACUGCAGGCCAGACCUGGGCAUCAUCAACUACGGGGUGUCCAUGACGACGCUGGAGGAUGUGUUUCUGCGUCUGGAGGCAGAGGCUGAGGUGGACCAGGCUGACUACAGUGUGUUCAACCAAGAGCAGGUGGAGGAAGAGGGGGACGAGUCCUUUCUGGACGACACUGACCAAAGACUACUGACCUUCUCCAACAGCAAGUCAGAGGCGAUCCAGGGUCCCGCUUUGUGGAGGCAGCAGUUCAGCACCGUGGCCUGGCUACACAUGCUCAACAUGCAGAGAGAGAGGAAGGCCUUUGUCUACACUCUGACAUUGUUCCUGGUCUACUUUGCUGCGGUGCUGGUGUUGUCUCUGGCAACAGGGAACAUCCAGAUCCAUGCUCCAGAACGCCAGUUUGUCCCCAUCUACCUGCUGAGACCGAACCAAGCCCCCCGGAAAUACACUACCAGCCUAUUGGUCCAGAACUCAUCAGGCUCUGAUAUCUCCGACUUGGUCCGUAACCUGGAAUCUCAGGACAUCAAGGUGGAGAUGAUGCAGAACACAGACUACAUGUCCUGUGCUCCUCACAGCGCAGCCAUCAACGUCACCGGAUCCAACAAGGGUUUCCGAUACAGCGUAGCGUUCAACAGUACUACCGUCCACUCACUGCCCAUGACAGUCAACGUCCUCAGUAACGCCAUCCUGCGAGGUCUCAACGACACACAACACAUCCACACCUGGACCAAGCCCUUCGACUAUCAAAUUCCCCUCACCACGUCCUAUGCUCUGGUCUAUAUCGAGGCUAUCAUGCUGGGGAUGCUAGCAGCGGGCAUGCCUGCCUACUUUGCCAUGGACCACACCCGAGACAGAGAGAUAAAAUGUCGUUCUACUCUGCGUAUCUCUGGCCUGGUCCCGUCUGCGUACUGGUGUGGUCAGGCUGCAGUGGACAUCCCCUUCUACUACCUCAUACUGACCACUAUGACCAGCAUCCUCUUCUCCUUCCAUUCUGCCAACCUGCUCACCUCCAGCAACCUCACCGCAGUGAUCCUGUGUCUGAUAGGUUUUGGUCCAGCUAUGAUCCUGUUCACCUACGUGGUGUCCUUCAUGUUCACAGGCGUCCAGAGUAACAGUGACUUCUUCUCUGUGGUCUCCAUGAUGCUGUGUGUGGUGUCUGCCUCCAUCAUCCAGCUGCCCUUUGUGAACGACAACCCCGGGCUGACCAGGAUCCUCCACAACACCCUGUGUUUCUUCAACCCUCUCUACCCUUUAAUGGGCUGCCUUAACUCGAUCACCAAGGCCACCUUCCUGCCCUCUCUCUAUGAAGAGGACUUGCUCUGGAAGAACUUGCUCAUUGCUGUCCUAUCUCCCUAUCUGCAAUGCAUCCUGCUACUCUUCAUACUGCGCUGGUUGGAGAUCCGCUAUGGAGGGAGGAUCAUGAAGAAUGACCAAUUCUGCAGGAUAUCUUCCAAGAGCAAGGCUAAAGUGGAGAGGAACCCAGAGGAGGGGAUCAACGAGGAUGAGGAUGUUCAGAUGGAGAAGGCUCGGGUGAAGGAGGCCCUCACCUGCCAGUGCUGUGAGGAGAAACCAGUAGUGGUGGUCAGUAACUUGAGGAAGCAGUAUAAAUGUCCAUCUCUCAAGAAGAAGAGGACAGUAGCCAUCAAGAACGUCUCCUUCUGUGUCCGGGAAGGUGAGGUGCUUGGACUUCUGGGGCCCAACGGAGCAGGGAAGAGCACUAUCAUGCAUAUGUUGUCUGGAGACACAGACCCAACCGCUGGACAGGUGUUAAUGGGGGACUACAGUACAGAUUUCCGUCCAGUGGACAACCCCCUAGAGCAUAUAGGGUACUGUCCCCAGGUCAGCCCCCUUUGGCCCCGCAUCACCCUAGAAGAACACCUGGAGAUCUACGCUGCCAUCAAGGGCCUCCGCGGACAGGAUGUCCCUGGCAUCAUCAAACGUGUGGUGAACGCUCUAGAGCUGAAGGACCAUCUCCACAAGCAGGCCAAGAAACUGUCAGCUGGGAUCAAGAGGAAGUUGUGCUUUGCUCUCAGCAUGUUGGGGAACCCGCAGAUAGUUCUGCUGGAUGAGCCUUCUACAGGGAUGGACCCCAAGUCCAAACAACGCAUGUGGAGGGCUAUCCGGGCAGCGUUUAAGAACCACAAGCGCGGAGCCAUCCUGACCACUCACUACAUGGAGGAGGCUGAGGCUGUGUGUGACCGCGUGGCCAUCAUGGUGUCAGGGCAGCUCAGGUGUAUUGGUUCUAUCCAGCACCUGAAGGGGAAGUAUGGGCGUGGCUACAGCCUGGAGGUGAAGUUGAGAGAGGAGCUGACGGGGCUCCAGCAGGUGGCGCUGCUCCACAAGGAGAUACGACGAAUCUUCCCUCAUGCUGCUAGACAGGAGAGCUUUGCCAUCCUGAUGGUUUACAAGAUCCCCAUGGAGGACGUCAAGUCUCUGGCCAAGUCCUUCUCUCAGCUAGAGAGUGCUAAGCAAGCUUUCAACUUUGAAGAGUACAACUUUUCACAAUCUACCUUAGAGCAGGUGUUCAUGGAGUUUGCUAAGGAGCAGGAGAAAGAGGAAGAGGAAGUGGGUUCCCUCAGCACCACGUUUCAGUGGCAGCGCCUCCGCCAGGACGGCCCUGUGCCUGUCAACCAAGCAGACAGCAUUGUGCACCAGCUCUGAGCUCCACUGGGUGGGGGGCACCCUGACUACAUGGCACUAACCUCGUCCCCAGGCUAAAGUGGCUGGAAACAUUUUACUAUGGCACAGUCUAUGCCAACCCUGGUAGUGCACUCACCCGUCGCCUCACCAGCUCACACACACACCCACCCACCCACCCAAACUAAUGAGAUGGUUGUCACAGGACGGACAGACGCCCAUAUGGGCAUUGCCCUGGAGGGCUAGAAGCCUUACACACACACUGGAAAUGUGUGUGUGGGAUGUUUUUUUGUUUUUUUCUCUCUUUGAGGCUGAGGUGUGUGAGUUGUGUGUUCCUGACUCUUCCUCCUUCUCUGAUGCCUCGCUGAUACCACUUAUACCUACUCCUGUUUUGUAAUAGGAUUGAUUUUUGUUGUUGUUGGUAUAUAUGGAUAUAUAGUAUUUAUUGAUUCCUUAUCCUUUCCAUCCAUUUCCCUCCCCGGGGUAACCUUGUCCCUCCCUGGGGUAACCUUGUCCCUCCCUGGGGUAACCUUGUCCCUCCCCGGGGUAACCUUGUCCCUCCCUGGGGUAACCUUGUCCCUCCCCGGGGUAACCUUGUCCCUCCCCGGGGUAACCUUGUCCCUCUCUGGGGUAACCUUGUCCCUCCCCGGGGUAACCUUGUCCCUCCCCGGGGUAACCUUGUCCCUCUCUGGGGUAACCUUGUCCCUCCCCGGGGUAACCUUGUCCCUCCCCGGGGUAACCUUGUCCCUCCCCGGGGUAACCUUGUCCCUCCCCGGGGUAACCUUGUCCCUCCCCGGGGUAACCUUGUCCCUCCCCGGAGUAACCUUGUCCCUCCCCGGGGUAACCUUGUCCCUCCCUGGGGUAACCUAAGUGAAAGGGUCUGGUACACAAGGUUAUCCAUGGGAGAGUCAGUACAGUACUUGGUCCACUGUGUUUUAUAACACCAGUCCAGUUCUGGAUCUAGAUCCAUUAGUACCAAAGCACCACACACACACACACACACACCUAACCUAACACGUCGACACUGAGGUGCUUUUAGCAUCUGUAGCAUGAUGUGGACUAUAUUUGCGGUGUAGUUGUGUAGGUUGCUUGUUCCGUGGUGGGACAAGUGGACGCCUGAAUACAGACACACACUACUGACUGAUCAACAGACAGCUGUAGGGAGAGAUGGAGAGGCCUUUUUCCAUUGCUGUUGUGUAGCAGAAGGAGCGACCCAGCAGAGCUGGAGCUUCAGCCCUCCCAUGCAUCGCCCUCUGGUGGGUGUGAAGAAGAUCACGCCUCACUCGGCCGCUUCCUCACUGAGGGUCUGCUGCUGUUACUCUGUUUGUCUCUGGCUGCAUCUGGAAGGGCACUAUAUUCCCCCAUAGGGUCCUGGUCAAAGUAGUGCACUAUAUUCACCCAUAGGGUCCUGGUCAAAGUAGUGCACUAUAUUCACCCAUAGGGUC